AAAGACCCGAAACCGAAAGAUUGAGCAGCGCGACCGCGUGUGUGUGUUUGCUCGUGUUCUACCCACCCGAUUUGCACUGGAACGUUCCGAAACACGGAGAAGCGGAAGCAUCGUGUGCAUAUCACCCACCGACCAUCAUGACCUCGGCGGUGCACUUUAACCCACAGCAUUACCUCGUGUUCUUCGCAGGAUUGGCCAUCGUACUAUGCUCGCUGCUCGGUGAUGCUGGUGCGGCAGCCAGUGGAAGUGUCGGUGGCGGUGGAGCGAGCGGCGUCACCGGCGGCGGAGGCCGAGGAUCCGGCCCGUACAAUUACGGCACCGGAGUGGCAGGUGGCAGCAUCAGUGGGCUCGGUGGCGGCGGCGGCGGUAUGCGCCGUGGCGUGUACGGCCCCGUUGGCCUUGGAAACCCGCAUGAUAUUGCACCGCGGUAUGCGGCGGCCCCAGGAAGCUCGGCCCAGGCCCAGACUGCGGGGCCGGGGGCCAAAUCGAGCCACCACCGGCUGUCGGCCUGGGGAAUCAUUACGAUUGUGACGUUCGUCAUACUGAUCGGGGCCGGCGCGUACUGGGGCUUCAUCUGCUAUCCGUUCUUCUGCAAGAAGGAGCGCAACUACAACAUGAUGCUGAACAUGUCGUCGGCCACCACCGCGACCCCGUCCACCCGGUCAACCGAGUUCGAGAAGCUCGAUCACUGCUGCUCCAAAUCGACCACAUCGACGCGAAGCAACGACACGGGCAUCAGCAACAUAUGAGCGCGGGACGACAAACCGGGAGCUGUGACGCGAUCUGUCCUCACGAUCGCACGGGCGUGUGUGUGCGAAUGACCAACGAACCGUGCAUUCCAUCAAUCAGCGGUCUCUGCCGCGGACAACGAACGCUGGUGAGCGUUAAUUUUUAGCAGAGCAGAGAACCGUCCCCUAUUUAGUGCUUAAUCCUCUCGAAAUCAAAAGCGGCACCCUUUUGAAUGACUGAUUUUUGUGAAACCGCUACUACUUUACGCUACUUUUGCGAUCGUGCACACAAAUCGCAACGAUGCAUUUAUCCGCUCGGGGGGAGAGAGAUCGCAGGACACGACAGACACACGGCACACCUACUAUUUUAGAUAAGUAAAGUGAUAACCUGCGAAUAUAGACUUAGGAUUAGGAUAGAACAAGAGAUACCCUGCCGAAUAGCUAUCAAAAACUGUAUUAUUAUAUGU